UCUAAAUCUGCAUACUAAGAUCUUCUCUUUUUUUUGAUCAAAUCUGCAUACUAAGAUCAUUCAUCAUCAUCAACACUAAAACUCUCAAACGAUCUUGUUUUAUUUUUUUUCGUCUUUAGAUUGAUUUCUUUAAUAAUGUCUGGAAGAGGGAAAGUGAAACCGGAGCCAAUGAAAGUAGUGUUCAUUAACACACAAUACGUUGAGACAGAUGCCCGUAGCUUCAAGACUGUUGUUCAAGAACUCACCGGUAAGGAUGCCAUCGUAGCCCCCGGUCCUUUCGAGUCUCCAUCCACUUCCGAAGUCCGUGGUAAAACAAGCCAAGAUUCCAGACGGAGCAAUGGCGGCGGAGGAGGAGCGGGGACGACGAGUGAGUUUGACAGAUUUUUCAAGGAGAUGCCUCCUGUGGAGGAAUUCUUUAAACUAUGGUCAGAGAAUUGAGACUAUUGAGUCAUUACUCAUUAGCUUAAACUCUAUACAUUAGUGAUUAAAUCUUUAUUUUACAGCGAUAUAAUCUUCGGUUUGUUCUCGAAUAAAAAAAAUAUUGCUUUCA